AUGGACGCCGGCAAGGACAACGCGAAUCCCACCAUCAUCAACCCAAACGACCUGCCGUCCCGCCGCCGCUCUACGCCCUCUGCAGCGAAGCCGCAAGGAAUCUUCGAUGCAUUGGUGCCGCAGUACCCAAGCUUUCUCGACGCCGCGGCCGCGCGCGACGCUGAGGUCUUGUCUGAUGUCUCAGAUCCUGCCUCGUCAGACGACGACGAGCGCGAGGAAAUAGACGAGCAAGAAGUUUACGACCUAAUCUCCACCAUCACCGACCCCGAGCAUCCACUCUCGCUGGGUUCGCUGGGAGUCGUGAACCUGGAAGACAUCAAGAUUAUCCCGCCGACUUCUCCACGGUCCCGCAUUAGUUCUGUGCAGGUGCUCAUCACGCCUACCACCUCGGCCUGUUCGCUGACCACCGUCAUUGGACUCGGCGUCAAGGUUCGAUUGAUGAAUGCCCUGCCUCCACGUUUCCGAGUGGACGUGCGCAUUAAGGAGGGAACCUCUUCAUCGGCAGACGAAGCGAACAAGCAACUCGGCGACAAGGAACGGGUGGCGGCCGCCAUGGAAAAUCGCAACUUGAUCAACAUGGUGAACCACAUGUUAUCCUCAUGCCAGUAG